AUGGAGUGUGGGAACAGAUCCCAGAUCACCCAUUUCAUCCUGGUGGGGCUCCCGUAUCCCCCAGAGCUGCGGGUGCCCUUGUUCCUCUUCUUCCUCCUCAUCUACCUGUUGACGCUGUGCGGGAACCUGCUCAUCCUGCUGGCGGUGGCCCGGGAGCGCCGGCUGCACAAGCCCAUGUACUGGUUCCUCUGCCACUUGUCCUUCCUGGACAUGACGGUCUCCUCGGUGGUGGUGCCCAAGGUGGUGGCCGGCUUCCUGUCGGGCGGCGGGGCCAUCUCCUUCCAUGGCUGUGUGGCCCAGCUCUUCUUCUUCCACUUCCUGGGCUGCACCGAGUGCUUCCUCUACACGGUCAUGGCCUACGACCGCUUCCUGGCCAUCUGCAAGCCACUGCGCUAUAGCGUCAUUAUGAACCGCAGAGCCUGCCUGUGCCUGGCAGCGGGGACCUGGCUAGGGGGCUCCCUGCACUCGCUGAUAGAGACUGCACUCACCUUCCGCCUGCCCUACGGCCGGGACACCCAGGUAGGCUACAUCUUCUGUGAUAUCCCGGCUGUGCUGAAGCUGGCCUGCGGGGACACAGCGCUCAACGAGCUGGUGACAUUCAUUGACGUGGGAUUCGUGGCCAUGACCUGCUUCCUGCUGAUCCUGACGUCCUAUGUCUACAUCAUCUUGGCCAUCCUGAGGAUCCGCUCCGCUGAGGGCAGGCGUCGGGCCUUCUCCACCUGCGUGGCACAUAUCACCGUGGUGGUGACCUACUACGUGCCCCUGGUCUUCAUCUACCUGAGGCCGGGGUCCCAGCACCCCGUGGACAGGGUGGUGGGUGUAUUCUACACCACGGUGACCCCGCUCCUCAACCCCCUCAUCUACACGCUGAGGAACAAGGAGAUGAAAGCUGCCCUCAUGAGACUGGCAUACGGCCUCUCUAUCUCUGUGCAGCACACAGCACAAAGGGGCCCGUAG